GCACAGAUAACAGAGAGCAUAACCUAUUUAAUUGGUAUACUUAACAAAUAUAUAAAAAAAAAACGAAGAUUCAUUCAUUCUAAACGUGUACAAUACUAUCACUGUUGCUUAAUCUAAAUCACAAUAAAAUUGUAUCCAUAUCAAUAGGUAUAUACAUACAUAUGUAUAUCAUUCAAAUGACUAAUAUUUCUAUAAUGUCAUUUUUAAAAAAACAAUUUUCUUCCAAUAAAUGCUUACCUAUAAUGACUAUAUAUAUGUAAGCAUAUCUAUGUAUAUAUAUUAGAAGAAGGUACUACACUGUUCAACUUGUAAGUAUUAUUAAUCUGGGACAAUUCAUUGAAUAAAUACACUUAAUACAUCAAUUCAUCAUCAAAAUAAAUCAUUACAAUUUAUAUAUACAAUGAAUAUAUUGCUCAUUCAUUUUAUAAUAGAACAAAAUGAUAUUCAUAUUAUAAUUUCUACUUAGAAAUAAAGAGUAUGCAUAUUGAUCUAUUCACAUAUCUAUCUAUUUCAAUGAUUCAAUUUAUUAUUAUACCGCUCCUUGAAAAUUCAUUUUAAAUAAUGAAGAAAAAAAUCCCAAUUAUUUAUUAUUUUUUUUAUUAAAAGAAUGAAUUUUAAAGAAUAAAAUUUAAAAUAAUUUCCCAUUGAACACAUUGAACCAAAUAAAUCAUCAUUUCUUUUUUGUUCUUUUUUUUCUAGAAAAAAUUCUUCUAGUAUAUAGUUUAUUAGAAAGAUUACCCAUUAUUAUUAUUAUUAUUAAUAAUAUUAUUAUUAUGUGCUAUUAUGUAUAUAUCAAUAGGCUGUUUUAUUUAGAAUUGAAAUGUUUCAAAAAUUUUCAUUUAUCUUCUUAUUAUUAACAGUCUAUUCCAUUAUACAAUUUAAACAAAGAAAACAACAGAAACUUAGGAGUAUGGAAAUUAUUGGACCACCUUUUUAGAAACAUUAUGAUUAUGAUUAUGAAUAUUAUUUAAGGGAAACAAAACAAAAUCAAAGGAUAUUAGUUUCAUUUAUUUAUAACAAUUAAAACUUUAUCAUAUUUGAUUUGUGUAUAAACAAUUUGUAUGAAUAGUUUCUUUUUAAUUGUCAUGUUAACAUAAUUUAAUAUAUUUUAAUUUAUUCAUCAUAUGAAUCCGGAUACUGUAUUACGAAUUGGUAAAGUAUUUGAAACUCCAUACGGAGGUGAUGGAGUUGAUUUUGUGGAUCAAUUAAAUUAUCAAUUUACUGGUGGAUUGUUGAUUAUUUUUAUAGCUGUUAUUGGAGUAAGACAGUAUGUUGGUAAACCCAUUCAAUGUUGGGUGCCACAAGAGUUCACACAUUCUUGGGAAGAAUAUGCAGAAAAUCUCUGUUGGGUACAGAAUACAUAUUUCCUUCAUCCAAGUGAUCAAGUCCCUGAAGAUGAUUAUGAAUUGACAAAAGUCAGAUAUAUAGGCUACUAUCAGUGGAUAGCAAUAGUAUUAGCUGGACAAGCGAUGUUAUGUUGGGUACCUCAAAUAUUAUGGCGAGUUGGAUCAAAACGAUUACCCGUUUUACUGCGAUCAGCUAAAGAGGCAUCAGUACCAGACAGAGAACUUAGACAAAAAGCUAUUUCAUGUUUAGUAGCUACAUUAGAAGAGCAAGCUGAAUCAACUGCAAGACAUAGACGAGCAACAAGUACAAUUAAACGAAUAUUGUGUAGUUUUCGACCAAAUACGCGUAUAACUUUUCUGUUUUUUAUAGUUCGUAUUUGUUUUAUCGGUAAUUCAGUUGGCCAAAUUUACCUCAUGAAAAAAUUUAUUGGGACCAAUAGUACAAUGUUUGGCAUGGAUGUUUUAAAUGAUUUAAUUACUGGCCAAGAAUGGGAAACAUCAGGUAAAUUUCCACGUGUGACAUUUUGCACGGUUCGUGUCAGGAAAAUGGGGCAAAUAAAGCCUGCAAGCUAUACUCUUCAAUGUGUAUUGCCAAUUAAUUAUUUUGUGGAAAAAGUAUAUGUCUUUCUAUGGUUCUGGUUUGUGAUUCUUUCAAUUGUCACCAUAUUAAGUACACUUCAAUGGGCUUUCAACACACUUGUACCAGUUAGACGAAUAGCUUAUAUAAAACAAUAUAUUCGAGCUAUUCGACAACUUUCCAAUACUGAAGAAAGAGAUUGUACACGAUUUGUAAAUUAUAAUCUUGGUCCAGAUGGUGUACUGAUAUUACAAGUUGUUUCUAGGGUUUCUAGUGAUUUAAUUGCAUUGGAUGUAACAGCAACAUUAUGGAGUAAUUAUAGACAUGCUAAAAUUACUGGCACUGAAGAAGAUAUCAAUAGAUUUUUGGAAAAUGUUAAUCGAGGAACAAAUGCCGUAUAG